AACUCGCGCACAGCUGCGCCAUUUUAGUCCAGUCGACUCGUCUCGUCUCGUCUCGAGCUACGCCAUUUCGAUGAAAACUUUCGGCUCUAAACUUUCCGACGAAGUCGUUAUUGUUUCAAGAAAACGAAUCCGUUCACUCGGAGCAUUUUCUAACUCUGUGAAUUUAUCCAAAUCGCUGAGCUGAUUGCUGCUCUGGAAGCGUCUUAUUAUUAUUUUGUUAUGCGUUAGCGUAGAGGAAGCCAUUUUGGACGCUUCGUAUCUCAUGUAUCCUCCAUCCAGCAGUUUUGAAAUCAUGUUGGGGGAAACGCUUGGUGUUGAAACGAACCUGUACAACGUCGAGAACAACGAACCGACUCUGGUGAUUUCCUAUGGAAACCUGAACAAGUCCUCCAGACGAGCUCUGCUGAAGAAAGGAGGACACAGGGUGCGUUUACAGAGCAGGAAUGCCCAUAACCAGGCUCCACAGCACCAGAAACAGGCGGUGCUUCUGAGGAACAACACAGCACGUUUAACCGACAUCAACAACAAUAACAGCAGCAGCAGUGACGCUAAAUCCACAUCACCGAGCAAUAAUACCGAGCUUCCGGCCAGCAGAACUGCACCGAGUGGCUCGACACACUUCAAAACAGCAUCCAAGAAAGAGCUGUUGAAAUCGAAAACGGGAAGGGGAGAAAGGGGAAAUCAGCCGAGCAGGCCGUCUCCACACAGCGCAGACAAACACAAGCCAUGCGCUCCUAACCUGAGCACACGCACUCAAAGGAGCAGGCACGUCAAAUGCGAGAACAGGGAUAGGAAGAGGCCUCUGAGCUCAGCGGACGCCCCGGGAAACACAAACACUGAACUCUCAUCUGACGAUAAUCUUAAAGAUGCAGAGAAGACCUAUGCAGGAGCCAAGUUUAGCGAGCCACCUUCACCGAGUGUGUUGCCCAAGCCACCGAGCCACUGGGUGGGCGAAAACGCCCCCAAACAUUCCGACAGCAGCCGGGAGCAGAUGUCCGUGCAUCUGAAAACCAUACUGAAGGUCCAGUCCAAGCCGUGACUCCAAUUACAUAAACGGCAGCAGUAAUAAUUAAAAAAACCCCGGAUCGGUUGAGGUGUAAACACCUUCACAGCGGAAACAAAUAGUCCCUGGAGUCUCAGGCAAAAGAAAGUUAUAAUAAAUUGACUCCAGGCCGUCAGGAAAAACAAAGAUUGGAAGCUUGUUGCAACAGGAAGUGUUGAAUUUUUGAUAAUGUCAAAGAUGUCUUGUCUUUAGAAAGAGACCUUGUGUUCAUUUUUUUAAAAACUUGUGUACAUGUAAAUAAUGUAAGACAUGUAAUAUAUGUGUAUAUUUUUUGGAUGUUAUUUUAACAGCAGAGUAAAUCUAGUUUUGUUACUGAAGCUUACGACGAUGUUUUCAUCAAGAAGCGAUGGUAUGCUCGCUGCAAGCGUACCGAUCGAGGCCCAGCGAGCCGUCUCGGGAUGCACGUUACAUGUGAAAUGUUUGCUUAGUUUUGCACAAGACUGAAAAACCAACACGGGUCCCUUUUAAGAUGUGAGGAUGAACUAGUGUGCGGCGCUACGGCCGAAUGAGUUUUCUACGUCGUGGACUGUCCUGGAAAGGGGAUGCAGCUAAUAAAAGGGAGUGGAAGUUUCAAACGAAAGGACUGUGGUGUUGUAUGAUGGACACUGCCUCCAACUGAAGCAAAUGGACAAAUCACAAACGGCACUUCUGAAAACAAACGAUUUGUUGUACCAGUCUGCACGCACCAAUCGUUCCGGUAACGGACAUUUUUCUUUCCUUCUGUAGCAUUUGCCUGGUUUGUUAGAUUCAGGAUGUUGUAUUUUGACAGGACGUGAUGUUUACUGUGAGAGAAGAUUUUGUGGUCGUAACGUGUUGACAUGUCUGUGGAGAAAAGUCAGGCAUCUACCAUCCUCUUUUCUUUUUUGUUUAUUUUUUCCUUUUGACUAAACUAAACCCAAGGCAUUUUUAUAUUUGUGAAAAUCCAACACAUUUUGUUGCAACACUGAUUUUAAUGUUUGGCCUGUUUUUAAAAGUACAAAAAGAAGUAACGUCCACACGUAUUCAAUUGGUCUGAGAAACGUUAUGAACGUUUUUAAUUAAAAGUAUUGAAAUAAAGAAUUUGGCCAUCCCCUUUA